UCAUCCCUGUUGCUACUGCUGCUGCUGCUGCCAUGUGAAAAUAUUAAAUUGAAAAUUGAGAUUCAAGUCUAAAUUGAGAUUUGCAUUUGUGAUUAUCGUUUCGAAUUUUUUUUGUCACUGUGUUUGUGAUUCUUUUUUUUUUGUCUUGUGUAUCUGGUAUUCCAUACGCACACACAUAAACAUCAAUCUUAAAUGUGGAUUAUUUGGUUAUAUGGAACAGCAGCAGUGCUGACAAUUAGUUUAGCCGGUCUAGCCGUCAUUAUAUUGUUGCCAAAAUUACAGACCGAUCAUCAAAGUAAUUUGAGCCAGAUAUUUGUCGGUUUAGCUGUAGGCACAUUAUGUGCUGAUGCAUUGCUACAUCUUUUACCCCAUGCAUUUUCUUCACAAUUGGACCAUGAUGAUCAUUCUGAUAAUGAAACAUCAUCCAUACAACAUCUAUCAGAAUAUCAUACGGAAAGCAUUAGCCACAAUCAUGUCAAUUCUGUUUGGUAUGGUCUAUUAGCACUUGGUGGUAUAAUAGGCUUUCUAUUUUUCGAACGUUUGACUAUAAUUUUCAAUGAUCUAUUCAAUCAACCGGAUCAAACGAUUGAUGAAACAACAGCGGCCAAAUGUUCAACAACAAAUGCAGAAUUUUUAUCACCUGAUCUUCAGAAACUGAAUAAUCAUCAUCAUCAACAUGAAAUGAAAGAGCUUCACGAAACGAUUGAUGUACUUCGAAAGAAAACCGAUAAUAAUCUUCAAGUACAUGAUGAAUGUCAUCGUUCGACAAUUUCUUAUCCAAAACCAAAUGGUGAUGGUUACAUUCAUAUAGCAUCCCAUCAUCAUCAUCAUCAUCGUGCACAUCGUGGCCCUAGUGCUGCUCUUAUGGUUCUUAUGGGUGAUAUUGUUCAUAAUCUAUUCGAUGGCCUGGCCAUCGGUGUUGCAUUCGCUGGAAGCGGAAUCAGUGGUGGUAUAAGCACAUCGAUUGCCGUCCUUUGUCAUGAACUGCCACAUGAACUUGGUGAUUUUACCAUUAUUAUACGAUCAGGAAUGCCAUUACGUAAUGCUGUCUAUUGGAAUAUUGUUGCAUCAAUCACUUGUUGGUUCGGAAUGUGUUUAGGAAUAUUUCUUGGCUCAAUGAAAGAUGCAUGGCUUUCAGCAUUGAUUGGUGGUACAUUUCUUUACAUCUCUCUUGUUGAUAUGGUACCUGAAUUAGAUUCCUGUCCACAUCUUCCAUCAAAAAGUCGAGCUAUAAAAUUAACUGUUCAAAUGAUUGGCAUUGCUAUCGGUAUUGCAAUUAUGUUGCUCAUAUCAUUGUAUGAGAAUGAAUUUCAUUUAAUUUUCGCCAAUCAUGAUGAUGACCAUCAUCAUCUUCAUCAUCAUCAUCAUCAUCAUGACCAACCAUAUGAUAUGCAUCAAUCAUCACCGAUUGAUAUUGUUAAUGAUGUAAAUCAUCAUCAUCCACCUAAUCUAUGAUGAUUAAUAAUCGACUUUGAUAUAUUGUAUUGAUAUGUGUUAUAUAUACAUCCACCCAAAAUCAUUCAACCAACUAAAUAGCACACACACACACAGUACAAGCACAAUCAAACAAAACAAAACAAACAAAACAAAAACGAUUUUUUUGGUGACAAUCAAACUGCAAUCUGUGAUAUCAAAAAAGAAAAACGUUUAUGUUUGUUGUUGAUUUCAUUUAA